UCUUGGAUUCCGCGGUAGCGGUGGCGGCGGUAAGGUGCCUGAUCUGCGGAGUGGCUCUUCCCUCCCCUCCCCCAGCUCGGUGGCGGCUGCCCCUCCCACCGAGGGUGGCGCAGCGACGGUGCCAUCUCGACCAUGGCGGCGACUACAGCUAACCCAGAAAUGACAUCAGAUGUACCAUCGCUGGGUUCCACCAUUGCUUCUGGAAACCCUGGACCUGGGAUUCAAGGUGGAGGAGCUGUUGUACAGAGGUCUAUUAAGCGACGAUCAGGGCUGGAUUUUGAUGAUGAAGGAGAAGUGAACAGCAAAUUUUUGAGAUGUGAUGAUGACCAGAUGUGUAAUGACAAAGAGCGGUUUGCCAGGUCGGAUGAUGAGCAGAGCUCUGCGGAUAAAGAGAGACUUGCCAGGGAAAAUCAUAGUGAAAUAGAACGGCGGCGACGGAACAAGAUGACAGCUUACAUCACAGAACUGUCAGACAUGGUACCUACCUGUAGUGCCCUGGCUCGAAAACCAGACAAGCUAACCAUCUUACGCAUGGCCGUUUCUCACAUGAAGUCCUUGAGGGGAACUGGCAACACAUCUACUGAUGGCUCCUACAAGCCAUCUUUCCUCACUGAUCAGGAACUGAAACAUUUGAUCUUGGAGGCAGCAGAUGGCUUUCUGUUUAUUGUCUCCUGUGAGACUGGCCGGGUGGUGUAUGUCUCUGACUCAGUGACUCCCGUUUUGAACCAGCCACAAUCUGAAUGGUUCGGGAGCACACUGUAUGAUCAGGUGCACCCAGAUGAUGUAGAUAAACUUCGAGAGCAGCUCUCUACUUCAGAAAAUGCCCUAACAGGGCGGAUCCUGGAUCUGAAGACUGGAACAGUGAAAAAGGAAGGUCAGCAGUCUUCCAUGAGGAUGUGUAUGGGCUCACGAAGAUCGUUCAUCUGCCGAAUGAGGUGUGGCACUAGCUCUGUGGACCCUGUUUCCAUGAAUAGACUGAGCUUUUUGAGGAACAGAUGCAGGAAUGGACUUGGCUCUGUGAAGGAAGGAGAACCUCACUUUGUGGUAGUCCACUGCACAGGCUACAUCAAGGCCUGGCCACCAGCAGGUGUCUCCCUCCCGGAUGAUGACCCAGAGGCUGGCCAGGGGAGCAAAUUCUGCCUGGUGGCCAUUGGCAGGCUGCAGGUAACUAGUUCUCCCAACUGUACAGACAUGAGUAACAUUUGUCAGCCAACAGAGUUCAUCUCCCGACACAACAUUGAAGGGAUAUUCACUUUUGUAGACCAUCGUUGUGUGGCUACUGUUGGCUACCAGCCACAGGAGCUCUUAGGGAAGAAUAUUGUAGAAUUUUGUCAUCCUGAAGACCAACAACUUCUAAGAGACAGCUUUCAGCAGGUGGUGAAAUUAAAAGGCCAGGUGCUGUCUGUCAUGUUCCGAUUCCGAUCUAAGAACCGAGAAUGGCUGUGGAUGAGAACGAGCUCCUUUACUUUCCAAAACCCUUAUUCAGAUGAAAUUGAGUAUAUUAUCUGCACCAACACCAAUGUGAAGAACUCUAGCCAGGAACCACGGCCUACACUGUCCAACACCAUCCCGAGGUCACAGCUAGGUCCCACAGCCAAUUUAUCCCUAGAGAUGGGUACAGGGCAGCUGCCAUCCAGGCAGCAGCAGCAAACAGAACUGGAUAUGGGGCCAGGAAGAGAUGGGCUGGCCGGCUAUAAUCAUUCCCAGGUUUCUGUCCAACCUGUGGCGAGUGCAGGAUCAGAGCAUAGCAAGCCCCUUGAGAAGUCAGAAGGUCUCUUUGCACAGGACAGAGAUCCAAGGUUUCCAGAAAUCUAUCCCAACAUCACUGCAGAUCAGAGUAAAGGCAUCUCCUCCAGCACUGUCCCUGCCACCCAACAGCUGUUCUCCCAGGGCAGCUCAUUCCCUCCUAACCCCCGGCCGGCAGAGAAUUUCAGGAAUAGUGGUCUUCCCCCUCCUGUAACCAUUGUCCAGCCACCAUCUUCUGCAGGGCAGAUACUGGCCCAGAUUUCUCGUCACUCCAGCCCUGCCCAGGGAUCAGCACCAACCUGGACCUCUAACUCCCGCCCUGGCUUCUCCGCCCAGCAGGUGCCCACCCAGGCGACAGCCAAGACUCGUUCUUCCCAGUUUGGUGUGAACAACUUUCAGACUUCUUCCUCCUUCAGUGCUACGUCUCUUCCCGGUGCUCCCACUGCCUCAGCUGGCACUGUUGCCUACCCUGCCCUCCCCAACCGUGGCUCCAACUUUCCUCCUGAGACUGGACAGACAACAGGACAGUUCCAGGCCCGAACAGCAGAGGGCGUGGGUGUCUGGCCACAGUGGCAGGGCCAGCAGACCCAUCAUAGGUCUAGUUCCAGUGAGCAGCAUGUUCAGCAGACACAAGCACCUAGCCAGCCUGAGGUCUUUCAGGAAAUGCUGUCCAUGUUGGGAGACCAAAGCAACACCUACAACAAUGAAGAGUUUCCCGACCUAACUAUGUUUCCCCCCUUUUCCGAAUAGAACUAUUGGGGUGAGGAUAAGGGUGGGGGGAAAAUCACUGUUUGUUUUUAAAAGCAAAUCUUUUGUAAACAGAAUAAAAGUUCCUCUCCCUUCCCUUCCCUCACCCCUGAUAUGUACCCCUCACCCCUUGACUCUCUGAAGUAACAUUAGAGAAGAAAUUAAAUGAAUUUCCCAGGCUUCUGGGAUCCUCUGAAAUUUUGAGGAUAGGUGAGGCUAGAAUUCCUGUCCUAAUUUCUUCUGACCAGAAGUUGCACAGACAUGAUUUGUGCUGGAGUCAAGGGGCAGAACAGAAGAAUCUGACAGCCACUAAUUGGAUACUGUGGCUUGAUUGGAUAGAAAUUCUGAAUGGAAUGGAGGAAAGGAGAAAUAUCCUCAUAACUGAGGGUCAUGAAAUAUGGUAGGGGAGAGAGCAGUCUCCAGAGAGAGACCCGAGAGAGCAUGAACACUUAUCUUUCUGUGUGAGUGAGUGUGUGUGUGUGUGUGUGUGUGUGUGUGAAAGAGAGAGACAGAUGGGGGGGUGCAUUUGAACUCCUAUGUUUUGUUCCCUAAUAGAGAGUAUAUGCAAAUUUUGUCCCAGAUCUUCUUUGUCUUUCUGCUUGCUCUUUAAAGUGUCCUAAGAAAAUUAAUUUUUCCAGGUAUUUUUCUAUUUAGUGUUGCAGCCAAAGAGUAUUUAAAUUAAGUCUUUGCUGCACUUAAAUUCAUACCCAGCCAAAAUGGAACUGUAGGCCAACACCCAGCCUUCUGUUGAUAGGGUUGGUCUAAUACGGACAUAUUCAGUGAUGAAGCUGGAUUACUCCUGCUCUUUGGUGCUUUCAACUUAGUGGGAAGAUCUGCAGAUAUUACCAAAAUAGGCUGGCUGCAUGAACACUGUCAGAAAUCCCAGACUUGCCCACAAGGAUAAUGCUGCAUUUUUCUGUCAGUCACGCAUGUUUUUCCGGAGAGGUUAUUUCCGCAUGGAAACUCAACUUCUUGGAUUAGCUAUCUUGAGUGAAAGUCCUCCCUGACGAAUAUGUAAACCAAGUGGCCUCCUGCACAGUAGCCUCUCAUUCCUGUCGCCAAAACAGUGUGAGGCCUUCUGAAGUCUGCUGUUCUUUGCUCCUUCUCCCAUCUUGAAAUUGGGGUUUGCUUUAGAGCACAAACCUAAGUCUGUGUGAGGCGGACUUCAAUCCCAACAGGGUCACUUGAUAGUUACAGCCAUAGACAUGCAGAUGCAGGUUACUGGUUUUCACCCUUACCGUCCUCAGGUCAGUCUCCAGAUCAACAGCCUUUUUUUUUUUUUCCCCCUUAAACUGGCUCCAGUCAAAGAUUAAGUUAAUGUGGAAAAGAUCUAUUAUGUGUAUUGAUGGGGCAUGAGGAGCCCAGGUAGAGAGAGGCUUAUGGAGAGGCUGAGGGAAUGUUACUAAGUGUCCUUCCCUUUGUCUCCAGUCUGGUGCCAGGCAAUAGAAUGGAAAAGGAGGCUAUUUUUUUAUUCUAUGUGCACACAUACAGUAUACUUAUAUAUUUAUAUCACAUUUUACUGAACCAAAAAGUUGGGUUUCCAAUGAAUACUUGUUUUUUAAUAAUCGACUUGUUUUUAAAUGUGAUCUGAACUAUAAUGUACAGUUACUACAGGGCUUUUGAAGAAGGGUGGGGGGAGGGAGAAGCUUCUCUGAGGGGGUUGUUCUGCUUUUCCUUCAGGGUUUUAUUUUUGAUUGGUUUUUUCUUGUUGGCCAUCUGUGCUAAGCCUUAACAGUGGCAAAAAUAAUGACAUGUAGCAAAGAUUUUAAAACAAAGUAUUUUUUCUUUUAUAAAGAGUGUUGUGUUGUGUGAUAUUGAUUGCGGCUCCCUGACCCCAUUACAGACAUGCACAACUAAGUACUCAUAAAUGAGCUGGACACACACAGGCACAGAGCGUAGUUGAGUCUUCAUUCCAGGACUCAGAGUUCACAGGGCCCUGGUCACUUAGCACCCUGUUCUCGUGUACCCACCUGAUCCUGACACAUCAGGAGUAGUCAGUAGACUGCUGCUCACACUGUCGGGAGUGGCGGUUGUCUCACCUCAGAGAAGUUGCUGGGGAGUGUUCUUGGGUUUGAAGCCACUAUGGGACAUCCUGAUGUCUUUCCCCAGUAUGUUCUCCCAGUUAAAAGGAGAUAAAGGGAUUGUGAGCUUUAAACAGUUCAAAUGUGGAUCUGGGCUCNCUCUACUCAUGUGGUACAUUGAGAUCNUGGGGUCUAGAAAUCCUGGGGUCUGUGCCAGGAUUUCAUUUGUAGAAACUGAAUCUAUAUUUGUGAUAAUAUCCUUUGUGUUCCAGAGUCCCUCAUUUCCUAAUUCCUCACAUGUAUUUAUGGAAGUAAAUGGANUUUAGGGGUGUGGUUGGCCAAGCUAGACUCUUAUGACUUGUCACAUGCCUGGAUUUGGGGAAGCACUUGGAGACUCUUGUGACUGGACCNAGCUUGGGAUUUUAAUGAUUGAGAUGCAGUACUCAUCAGACAUUCUACCACCUGAGAGUUUAGUAGUAGAGUCCCAUGUGUAUCCAUUAGUGUAGAUUCAAGUGUUGCGAAUAAUUAGGUGCUACAUUGGGUCAGUUGUCUUUCUUUCCUUACUGUUAUGUUGGGUGUUGAUCCUUGGGCCUCAUAAUGUUAGGAAAGCCCACCACCACUGAGUUAUGUUCCUCAAUCCUCUUUUAGCUUUUUGUAAAUUACUUUUAUCCUCCAUUUAAGCAACUAGAAUCUUUUUUUUAAAUUUAUUUUACGUAUGUGAGUAUACUAUCACUUUCUUCAGACACACCAGAA